UUCUUGUAAAGUUUCUGGGUUUACAUAAAGCGAAAGGGUUGAGUCUGAGAGGGCAGAAGGUGCUGUCGCUUUUCCACAAACAGAAGAAACAUCCACGAACACAAGAGUUGUAUUCUCUUUCAUUUUACUUUGAGCUUUUUCUUUUGAGAAGCUUCUUCAAGAGUUCCCUUGGAAGAGAAGUUUUUUUGUCCCCAUACCAAGGGAGAUUUGAACUGCGAUGUCUCUGAGAGGUGAAGUGUGUGUGGUGACGGGAGCCAGUGGAUUCCUGGGAAAGAGGCUGGUGAGGCUGCUGCUGGAGGAAGAGAAAAUGGCUGAGAUUCGACUGCUGGACAAACACGUACAGCCAGAACUUCUCUACUCUCUGGAGGAAUGUAGAGGCAACACAAAGUUGAGCGUUUUCGAGGGCGACAUCAGAGACGGAGAUUUCCUGAGAAAAAGCUGUCGAGGUGCAUCGAUCGUCUUCCACAUGGCAUCCAUCAUUGACGUUUAUGACUCAGUGGAGUACAGUGAGAUAUACGGGGUCAAUGUCAAAGGAACGCAGCUGCUUCUGGAGGCUUGUAUUCAAGAGAACGUGGUGUCCUUCAUCUACACCAGUACCAUCGAGGUGAUGGGACCAAACUCUAAAGGUGAACCCAUAAUCAACGGCAGCGAGGACACAGUUUACAACUGCACUCUGAAGUUUGCCUACAGCAAGACCAAAAAGGAGGCUGAGCAGAGAACCCUGCAGGCACACGGCGAGGUGCUCAAUAACGGAGGCCGGCUGGCCACCUGCGCCCUCAGACCUAUGUACAUCUACGGGGAGGGCUGCCGCUUCCUGCUGGGCCACAUGGGCGACGGGAUACGAAACAAGGGCGUUUUGUUUCGUAUGUCCCAACCGGAGGCCCGAGUGAAUCCUGUGUAUGUCGGCAACGUGGCUGCAGCCCACCUCCAAGCAGCCCGCAGCCUCAAGGAUCCACAAAAAAGAAACGCUAUCGGAGGAAAGUUUUACCUAAUUUCUGAUGACACGCCACUUGGAAGUUAUUCGGACUUCAACCACGUCAUGAUGUCCCCUCUGGGCUUCAACAUUCAAGAGAAGCUCAUGUACCCGCUCCGCCUCCUCUAUGUGGUCUGCUUCUUAAUGGAGAUGCUGUGCAUGAUGGUGCGACCUUUCGUUCGCAUCGUCCCGCCCCUGAACCGGCAGCUCGUCACCAUGUUGAACACGCCGUUCAGCUUCUCCUAUCAGAAGGCUAAGAGGGACCUGGGAUACGUCCCCAGAUACACCUGGGAGGAAGCACGCAUACGCACCAUUGAAUGGCUCGCGUCAGAGCUGCCAAAGGAGAGGGAAAGAAUAAAUUCUAAAUAAUUCAGAAAAAGUUUUUGAGUGUGUUUGAAUAAUCUGAAUAUCUUCCUGUAGCGACGGUAAAAACAAAAGUUAAGUGAAAGGAAGGGGAAGCACACGUUCAAAAACAUGGUGAUCAUCACAUGAUGUUUCUGCAAGGCACUAAUUGUGGAUUUUUUUAUUUUUUUUACAAUGUGGCACUUUUCUAAAUAUUCUGAUUAGUUUAGUAAAGGUUUUAGUUUUUUUUUUUUUUUUAUUGAUAUUUCCAGCAGGAGUCGCCAAAGAUUCCUUCACAUAUGGGGUUUAUUCUUUAGGCUACAUAAGCUCCACUUUUUAGAUCAACCUCAGGAGAGAUGAUGUAAGGUAGACAGUACAGUAAACAGUGUUAACUUAACCCUAUGAGGAAGAGGAGGGUUGGACUCACAACACACUAAAAGUUUAAAUACAAAAGUUUAUAUCUUGUAGCUUUGAUUUAUGUCAAUAUCCCCUGAUGUUCCUGUACUGUCCUGGCAAUAUGUUCCUACUAUUAAAGUUUAUGGUGAGAAAAACCUUA